AUGAUACUUCAAUCAAUACUAAGCAUUUUAGUACUUCUAUGUAUUCUUCAAAAUGCUCAAAGUUUAACACGUCCCUUAGUUAUAGGUCAUCGUGGUACAGCUUAUUUACCUGAACUUACAUUAUCUACACAAUCAAUGGCGUAUGCAUAUGGUGCAGAUAUAAUUGAAAUUGAUGUUUGUCUUAGUCGAGAUAAUCAAUUGAUUGUUAUUCAUGAUAUUUAUUUAAAUGGAGUGAGUAAUGUAGCUGAUAUUUUUCCUAAUCGAAAUCGAUCCAAUGGUCUUCAUUAUGUUAUUGAUUUUGAUCUUGAAGAAUUACGUCGUUUAAAUAUUCAUGAACGUGUUAUACCAUUGAAUGGUACUCAAGUUUUUCCAUUACGUUUUUCUGCUAAUGCAAAUAUCCCAUUUCGUCUUUCAACAUUAAAUGAAACAAUUGAAUUAUUACUUGGUCUUAAUCGUGCAACUAAACGACAACGUCAAUUACUUAUUGAAAUAAAAAAACCUGAAUAUCAUUUACAAUAUAAUAAAUCUAUUUCAUCUAUUGUACUUGCAACAUUAAAUGCUUAUAAUUUAACACAAUCGACUGAUCCUGUUAUUAUUCAAACAUUUCAUAUAGAAGAAUUAAUUUAUAUUCGUCAAGUACUUCAAAGUAAUUUACGUUUAUUUGCUUUAAUGACAUUGAAUCAAGUCAAUGAAUCAUCAAGUAAUUAUGAUUAUUAUCGAAGUGAAGAAGGUAUUAAAAGUUUAUCAAAGAUUGUACAAGGUCUAGCACCCUAUUAUGAAUUUGUUGUGAAUUAUGAUUCAAAUGGUACAGUUUUAGGAAUUACAAAUUUUACGAAAUGGGCGCAUCAGUAUGGUCUCGCUGUUUAUCCAUUUACAUUUCGACAAGAUUACUUUCCUGGUAAAAAUUUCGAACAACUUAUUGAUUUUUUUUGGCAUACAGUACAAGUAGAUGGAUUCAUAACUGAUCAUCCAGAUAUAGUUCUUCAAUAUUUACACAAAGAAAUGGUAUUACCUCAAUUAAAUGAUAUUUAUCAAAAUCUAUCCCCGAAUUUAUGUUCCUCAUCGAUUCUAUUUCUUUUCACUAGUAUAAUUAUAUCAAAAAUAUUUAUUUGA